CUCUUUCUCUGUCGUCAACUUUAUUCUGCUUCUUGUUCUGUAUCUCCCAUAAUGGCUUCACUUCUCACUCCUUUGAGAGUAGGCUAUAAUGUAGAGACAGGUCGCAGCUGGUGGCACCUGUAUCGACCCAAUGACGUCUGCAGGCACAAUUUUCCACGCCGACCUAGCUGAACCACGACCAUAGCCUCCUCUUGACACAUGGUCUCACCAUACUCCCCUGGAAGUGUCGGCCUCAAACCCGGCUUAUCAGAGGUUGAGUUGGUCACUCGCGGCUCAUUUUUAACCUAUUUACUCAGUACAACAAAGGCUGUUGGGCCAGCAUGUCACGGGUGGGCCCGAAGCCGCCGAUCAAACGCCGCCAUCGGUGACUGGAAGAGAUCGUGCAAGGAACGGAUCCGUUUCCACCCAUCCAGGUCGCACAGCGUGAGGUUAUGCAACCCGCCAAUUAGAAUCGGAGGAGGGCUGCGUUGUCCGUGAGGACCUGCCACUUCUUUAUGCCUUUGGCAGAGCACCACCUUCAUAAGUUUC